AUGGCAGCGCAAGACUACUACAAGAUCCUCGACGUCGACUCCAAAGCAACCCAACAACAGGUCCGCGACGCAUACAAGAAAGCCGCCCUGAAGCACCAUCCCGACCGCGUCCCCGCCAACUCGCCAGAGCGCGCAGCCCGCACAAAGCGCUUCCAAGCCAUCAACGAUGCUUACUACACCCUCUCAGACCCCACACGUCGCCGCGAGUACGACGCUGCCCGCACAUACAACAACUGGACGGGCAGCACGGCAACGCCCGACGACGACUGGGAGGAGGAGAUUCCGCACACGGCGUCUGGACAAGGCGCCGGCGCGCAGACUGGAGGCGGGUUCAAUUUCGGAGGCUUUCCCUGGAGUGCGUUUGGGUUUGGCGGCGAGAAGCCCGCGGGGAAUACCGAGGAGAGUCACAACAAGUUCUCUGAAGAACAGUUCGGUGGUAUCUUCGAGGAGAUGCUACGGGAAGAGGGUAUGGCGGAUCAGGACGCUGGUCCAACAGGCAAGUUCUGGAGCGUCGUUGGUGGACUGAGUGGCGGCGCUAUGGGUUUCAUUGUUGCGAAUUUCCCGGGCAUGGUCGCUGGCGCUGUUGCGGGGAAUAGGCUGGGGAGCGUGAGGGAUGCGAAGGGGAAGAGCGUUUAUGCUGUGUUUCAGGAGAUGCCGCAAGCGGAUAAGGCGAGGCUGUUGAGUAGUCUUGCGGCCAAGGUGUUGAGCAGUGCUGUCAGUGGGUAG